AUGGAGUUUAACCAUGAAAGAAUAUUACUGAUCUUCUUCCUUGCUGCGGUUGUAUUCUCGUCCUUACAACCAUCCGUUGGACGAGAUGAUGAUGAUGAUUGCAGACCUGUUCAAUGCCGCAAGGGUGGACCAAUUGUUCGAUUUCCAUUUCGUUUAAAGGAUCGACAACCCCAACACUGUGGCUAUCCAGGUUUCGACCUAUCCUGUUCCGACUUCAACGAGCCAAUCCUUUCGCUUCCUGAUUCUGUUCAAUUUUACAUCAAGCAGAUCAAUUAUACCGGAAAGUUUAUACAUGUUCAAGAACAGGGCGGUUGCUUGGCGCGAAUACGAUAUCUUAACCUAUCUUCCUCCCAGUUCGAUUUCAGUGGAAGUUCUCGCGAUAUUAACCUGACCAUAUUCAGUUGCCCUUCGAGUUCAGGUUCAGGAGAUCUAGAGCUUGACCGCUUUAAAACCUGCUUGGAUGACCCCGACCUUGGUCGAAGAAGAAUGUACUACGCCAUGGGCUCGGAUUGGAGCAUUGAUUUAGUCCCAAUUUUGUCUUGCACGAAGAUGUAUAACGUUUCAGGACUCCCAUCUAAUGAUGUACUUUUCAAGAACUAUGAUCUUACACUUGAUUGGCCUCCUCUAAUAUGCGGAGAUUGUGAUUCGCAACGUAAAUACUGUCGAUUCGUAAAUAACAGUUUGGGAAAUCAGACCGAAUGCUAUGGCCAUAUAGAACUACCAAACCGCAAAACAGGUAAACUCCAUUAG